GAGCUCAGCUUCAACGCGUCGCUCGAUAGCUACGCCAUCUUGCGAGUUUCGUUUCAACCUCGGCCCAUUUUAGUAAAGCAAUUUCGUAGACGAAUACAAUACGGAAAUUCUAAAAUAGUGUAGUGUUAUUACAAAAAUUGUACUUAGCAUAAUUAUGCCGUAAUUAACACCUACAAGUGACGAACGCUGGCACAAUGGCUGAACUAAAACAAGUGAAAGUGGACAACUGGGGGAUUUACUUCCUCCAGCGGCUGAAGCACUUCUUCAACCGCACCGACUACUGCGACCUGACGCUGCAGUUCCAGGACAACGCGCAGCUGAAGGUGCACCGGCUGGUGCUCAACGCCUGCACCGAGUACUUCGAGCUGCUGGAGCGCACCUGCGAGAUGUACGAGGACUGCCUCAUCAUGCCCGACGACCUGCAGGCCGACGUCGUGGUACCCAUUGUCAACUUCAUGUACACCGGACAACUCGAGUUCAAAGCGGAACUACUCGAGAAACUGUUACAAACCUCACAAAUCAUGAACAUGCCGGUUCUGUCAAAGUUAUUGGAGGCUCAACGGCAUCAGAGUGAUAGGGUGCAUUCGGACAAAAACAAACAUAGUUAUGCCAGAGCGUCUAAAAGAUCUUAUCCGAAAAGUUCUAUUAGUGAAAACAAAACCAUGAAGCCGCCACAGAAGAAAGUCUGUGCCACUUUGAAACCAUCCCACAGUCAAUCUGAGAGUGUUGCCAGGACCCAAAGUUCAUCCCACUCCAGGGCAAACACCACCACCAGUACCACUGUAUUUCUCCCGAGGAUGACUAAACAGCCUACAAGACAGGAAGUAAAUCCAUGUCCUACACGCUAUGAUGUACCUGAAGAGUUGGAUAAUGAUAGCAUCUAUGAUGAUUCUUUUCACAACAUUUCCUAUGAAUCCAAACCACUUAUGGUUCACCCAGAAACCAGCAAACGGUAUGAGUCCAAAAAACCAAAUUAUGGUAUUUUUAGUGAUGCCUCAAGUUCCAGAAAGUUCAUCACUGAGAGCUCUACUCUUGAUAUGGUUGAGUGUCGUAAAAUAACUCCAAACAAUGAUAGCCUAUUUGAUGAUCCUCUGGAUGAAGAUCCUUUUGCAUAUCAAUCAAAUGAUAGAACCACUCAGUCAACCUCUACCAAGGAACAAAGUCGUAUUUUUGACCAGGUGAUUGAUCAAAAUAAUACAGGUCCUAAGGUUACCAUAGAAGCUAAGAACUCCAAACAAGCUGCUAAAGUAGAUCAUGCUAAAAUUAUAAGUGAAGUAUUGAAAAAGUACCCACAUCUGGUUAAUAGCAACAAAAACAUUAAACUUAAAAUUCUUGAUACUCCUAGCAAGCCAGAUCGUAAAUCUAAAAAGUCUAAGCCCGCUCCUAUCUAUCAAGAAAGAGCUGUUAAGGUUAAAGAAGAACCUGAUGCUGAGUGCACUUAUGUGGAUGUACUGAACUCGAAAGAAGCUGCUAGAUUGAUUUCGCUUGGAGCAGAAAAUGUAAAUGGCCCUUGGAUUUGUCUUAUCUGUGGCACACCUGGAAAAGCAUUGAACUUCCCCAAAUACUACCAAUUUCGUCGGCACUUAGUAGAGGUACACAAAGAAAAACCAAUACCAACAAUCUGUGAAUAUUGUGGUCUAAAAUCUGGCAAACGGAACUAUUUAUUGCAUCAUAUGUACACCAAGCAUGGAGUGCCACCUCCGGCUAACUACCACUUCCCUAAAUGUAGCCAGUGUAACUACAUUGCCCUGACGGAAGGUUUCCUAAUAAAGCAUAAAGCUUCUCACUAUGAACAAAGAGAUUUUAGAUGUUAUGUUUGCUUUAGCACUUUCAAAAAUUCCAAUCUCCUCCUUCAGCACAUUCAAAACACAGGUCAUAAAUACUCCGCUGAACGGAAAGCAAACCUUCAAUGCAUUUAUUGCCAGAAAGUGUUUUUGAGAGAGAAUAAUCUUUACGCUCAUCUGAAAACUAACCAUAAAGCAGAAGUGAAAAGAGAUGGAAUAGUAGAUGACUCUGAGGAAGAAGAGGAGCGGGAACAAAUUCAUAAACCACUUGUUUUGCCUAUAAAAUUUGAACCUGUACAAAAUCAUGAAGAUAAUGAAGAAGAAAAUCAAGUCCAUGAGUAUGAAAUACAAGCUGAUGGUAAUAUUCAACCAUCUACUAAAAAAACACCACCUACACCCAAGCAAAAAAUAUUAAAUGCAGGUAUUGAUACCAUAAACACAAAAACUGGUAACACUAUGAAAAACUUUACAUUUAAUAGAAGUGAUCAAGAAGAUUUAUCAGCUAAUGAAAUGAGAGUAAUUGAACCCAAUAGAGAAGUUCAUGACCAAAUUAUUAUAAGUACACAAGAAUAUGAAGAACCCGAGGAAUAUUACAUUGAAGAUAUGGAACAACCAGCCACCUCACAGAAUAUACGAUCAUCAGAGGUAACUAGUUUACAACAUGCAGCAGCAGUAGAAGAAAGUAAUACCCAGCCUAUUGAGAUAAUGAUGUCAGAUCAACAACAAUUAGUAAAUGCAAGUCAUCAAAUCGUCACUCCCGGCCAUCCAGUUCUUUUUGAUGAAGAUGGCAACCCAAGCAAAGCACUUGCUGUUCUCACUACAUUGGAUGGAGCCCAUGCAAAUGAUAUGAUGAUUAUAAAAAAUGAGUAUCCUAUGAAUGUUUCAACUGUUGAUACGAAAAACUCAAACAUUGUAGUUGUUUACAGUUCUAAUUUAUCUAAUCAAGGAAAACCGUCAUUUAUAGUCAAUCCUCAAUAUGCACAUGCACAAAUUAAUCAGUCACAAAUUGUUACUGGGCAAGAUAUUGGCCACUUUGUCACAUCUUCUGCUGCAGUUAUUACACCUACAUAUGCAACAAUUGAUACGUCUGCUCCAGUUGUGACCACACAAUCAUUGCAUACUUACGACAACUAUGUUGAACAUGUAGAAGAUCAUCAUCCACCAGAAACAAGUGUAGUACAAGAAGCUACUAAUGACGUCUCCAACGUAAUUACGACUUCUGCAGGUAAUAGUAACAAAAAUAAUUUCGUGGAAAUAACUGAAAUGCGAAUUGUACACUCAUCUAACAUGCAAGGUGGAGAAUUGGAAGUAGCAACUAAUGAAGGUGAUCAUGACACUCAAUCCUCAAAUGCGAAUGAAGACCCACUUGUUUUAAAUUCAGCGCCCACUGUUACAGAAGAAGUGAUGGAAGUUGAUGCAGGAACAAUAAAUAAUGCGACAGAAAUUAUGGAGGUGACUGAAGUUGUGCAACAAAUCGAUACUGUUGAUGAAAUUAAUGAAAGUACCAAUGGCGAUCAGCAGUUAGAAGAAGAGCUACCUAGUAUCGACAUACGUCAUGGUCAAGAAAAUAUCGACAAUUUACCUUUAGAAAGAUCUGAAAACAUUGUUGAGAACGUAUCGGCGGGACCAGAAGAAAUCGCUUCUACUGAAAAUGAAGUGUCAUUACCUGAAAGUCCUACUUUUACUCAAAAUUAUAUAGAAAAUUCACAAGAUAAUGUACAAAGUGAUACUGAAAUCACACAAAACGAAGUAUCUGUUAAUGAAACUGUAGAUGAUUUAGAAGCACCAGUAAAAAACAAGGAGCAGAUUCAAAAUUUAGCUUCUGAGUGGUCAGAGGAUGAGGAAGUCUUAACUAAUAGUAAUGAGGUGGCUGUGAUUGCAAAUGAAGAAAUAGCUGAUUCUGCUGAUGUUGAAGAAUCUAUUGAAAAUAUUCAACAAGAGAUGGAUAAUCAAAUGGCUAACCUACCAUCUAAAACUGUAUUAGAAAAAGAAUCUCAUUUACAAGAAACAAUGGAGGAAGGUCUUAUCCAAGGUCAAGUGGAUGAAUGUAAUACACCAGGACCAGAUGAGCCGGUAGAAGAAAUAAUAACCGAGGAUGUGCCUGUUACAAUAUUACAGGAACCAGAGAAUAUACAAGAGCAGACCAAUGGUGUUACUGCAGAGCAACCGGAAAAGAUAUCAUCACUAUUGAAUGACUGGGAUGAAAAUGAUUCACAAGACGAACCAACUGCUGAUAACCUACCAGAACAUUCUGGAACAGAUGUGCCUGAAAAUGAUGAAAAUACGGAAAAAAAUAAUGUCCAAGAAGUAGAUAAAACUAAAGAAAGUGGUGAGGUCAAGGAACCAUCUGAAAAUAAAGAGGUACCUAAUAUCAGAAGUUUAGUUAGUGACUGGGAUGAAGAUGACGACAUAUAGUGCUAAGUGUAGAUGUAGAACUGAUAAUCAUUAUUAUAUUUUUACUAUUAUUUAUUAGUAAGGGUGUCUACCAUCGAAUUUAAAGUUCCAUCCAUUUUUUUAUAUAAAUUAUGAAUUGAUAUGGAAAUGGGAGGUAUACACGCAAAAGAUGGAGGGAGGGGUAGUGAUGAGUGUUGACUGAUGAUGAUGAUGAGGCACCCUUUAUUAAGAUGUCUUCUCAAUAAUAAGGUUUCAAGUGUUUAUACAUAAUAAUGCUAUGUAUGUAGUACAUACCUGCAUAGAAAUAUGUUUUUUGGGUAUUUUACCUGAAAUAUAAAAAUUUUGUGAAUAAUUUUAUGAAAUAUUAAGUAUCAUACUGUAUACCUCUACAUUAUCUAAAAUCUGAUUUUUCAUAAGUCAUGCAUGACUUCAUGAGUACUAGAAUUAAUUCAAAUACAUAAUAUUGUAUGUAGUGGGUGUAAAUAAAGGUUUGCUUAAUAA